AUGAAGCCCGCCUCCUUUUGUAGAUCCUCGCUAUCAUCAAUGGUGAGAAAUUGUGGGAUAGGAGCAGCAGAGCUCUGGCAAGCUCCCGUGUGCAGUUAUAUCAGCUGGAUACGUCCUGCGGACAACAUUGAAAAUCGGAGUAGCACUUGCAAGGCGUUCUUAUUCGUCUUUGUUUGUAAAUUGAGAUAUACAUGA